UGAUCAACAUAACAGAACGACAUCGGUAGUUUAGAAGGAAAAGGUUUUUCGUUAAUCUGAAGAUGUUGUAGCUUCUAUUUAACUGAUUAUCGUUUUAACACCAAAAACAAUAAUGUCAGACUCUGAGGAAGAUUCUGCCUCGGACCAUCAGCUCAAAUUUGUCUUAAUAGGCGAUGGGGCAGCUGGAAAAACCUCAAUUUGUAUUCGAUACACACAGGAAAACUUUGAAAAAGCAUAUAAACAAACAUUGGGACUUGAUUUUUUCCAAAAAAAGAUUGUCAUGCCAGGAAAUCAUAAUGUGACGAUACAAGUGUGGGAUAUCGGCGGGCAAACCCUUGGAGGUCAAAUGAUUGAUAAAUACAUAUUCGGAGCUCAUGCAGUUUUAUUAGUUUACGAUGUAACAAACCAAAGCAGUUUUGAUAACUUAGAAGACUGGUAUGAAACAGUGAAGACAGUAUCUGAGAAGAAUGGAACCAAGCUUCCACACAUGGCAUUAAUAGCAAAUAAAAUGGAUUUAGAGCAUAUGAGAGUGGUAAAAGCUGACAAGCAUAGUAGAUUUGCCCAAGAGCAUGGAUUAACAAGCCACUUUAUCUCAGCAAAAACAGCAGAUCAGAUAAACCUAUGUUUUCAAAAGGUAGUAGCAGAAGUCUUAGGAAUAAGACUAACUAAAAAUGAAAUGGAACAGCAGUCGAAAGUCCUCAAAGCUGAAGUCAUUCAAUACAGUAACCAUGAAAUGCCAUCAAGAGCUGCACCUGUUCCUGCAAAGAGUUCCUUUUGUUCCAUACAAUAGUCACAAUAGCCAAUUAUAAUAUAUAAUUAUCUGUUUGAGAUUGUUAAGGUCAUUGCAACGUCUCCAUAACAUUGCAGUAAAGAAAAAUUAGGACAGAUUACCCCCGAUAGUAUACGCUGUACAGGGUACAUGGUCCCCAACUCUCAUAAAAGUUGAUGCUUUCAUAAAUAUGCUGAUACAGGUGUCAUGGUUGGUUGAAGUUAGCAAUGUUUGGUUUCUAGCCAGGUUAUUGUUGAUUAUGAGAUGCUAGAUAGGUCUACAUGUGAUAUUUAU